CCAUAAUAUACUCCAUCUCUCCCCCCCCCCUCCCAAAAACAAAAAGCAAACACAUAACCAAAUUAGCUUUAUACCUCUAUUAAGAAGAAUGAAGAACUCCUACACUAGUCCCAUUGUUCUUUGUGCAAUGUUCGUGGUGGCCAUGCUAAUGGCCACCACCGGGGUUGCCGAACCUGCAGCCGCCACGGCCACAGUGGCCGUGGCUGCUGCGACCAAUAGUAAUACCUGCAAUCCCUCAAAGUUGUCCCCUUGCGCGGCUGCCAUGACGUCACCAAAACUUGGUCCUACAAGGAUGUGUUGUAGAGAGCUCAAGCAACAAAAGAAUUGCCUUUGCCAAUACAAGCACAACCCAAAUCUCAAAAAGUAUUUCACCUCUCCUAAUGCACACAAGGUUGCCACAGCUUGUAAAAUCUCUCCCCCUCGCUGCAGUUAGACCAAGUGUCUACGGUAUGGUAACCAUUCAGUUUGAUUUUUUUCAAGUUGAACUGGAUGAAUUUUAAUCAUUAAUUACAUAAAAAUUGCAUCGCGGUAAUAUGUAGACAAUGAAAGAAUGUUUUCUCCCAAGGGAUUGAAAUCAUCUAUCUUUCUCACAAUGGGCUAUGCAAUUUUUAUUUAAUUAAUGGCCAAAAUUUGUCCAAUUUAUUUGAAAAAAUCGAACUGAAUAAAUAUUAUGGGAUGGA